AAAAUAUAACUCUAAUGCGCAGGCGUAUCAUAUGAAUUACUCCGAAAUUUUGUUUGCUUGUGUCAUACAGGUUGUGGAGAAAAUCUUCAAUAUUUUUUCCAUGCAAAUUUUCAGCAUAAUUAUGACCAUAAUUUUCGGAGUAAUUCUCUUGUGUGUAAAACGGCUCAUAAGCCAUAAAGUGCUACAGAAUUAUCAACAAGCAAUUCAACUAAGUGAGACACCUGUAUUUUGCAACACACAACAUAUAUUUGGAAUAAGUCUAUCUAUAUUUUCAAGUAGGCGCAUUCUCGGCAUUCUUGCGAUAGAUCCUCCAGAUCUCCAGGCAAGUAGGCGGCACAACCAUCUGACAAACGUCAACGGUGCUGCUAUUGUUUAUCGUGCAGCUGGCAAUUCUUCAGUCUCAUGUGUUUUGUGCCUAACCUCAGAAACCAUAGAACUCAUAGAAUAGACCAACAACGAUCACGAAAUAGGUGGCACUCAGAAUUUAUAUGAAUUUGGAUCAAGAAGGAGAGAGCAAGGAAGGUUGUAAGUCUAUUCCACAAAAAUAUGCACGCAUAAAGUAGUAAUCGCCGACAAUAAGACCGUUGUUAAUAAUAAUACGUGUAUAUAUUUUGUGAUAGUAAUUAUCCUCCCGUUUGGAAGCACGUGUUAAAAUGUUCGAAAACAAAAGAAUAUGAGUUUGGAGAUACAGUUUUUGGUCAUUGUCGGUAUAUUUGUUAUAAUAUCUUCC